AUGACCACAAACGUGAGCAGAAGUACGAAUUUUCGGAAUUUUAUAAAUCAUGGCGUAGACCGCGAACCGUUCGGGAUAGAAUUUUUUUUAGGCAACCGAGUUCACCUCCCCACAGCCCGGACACGUACGUACCAUAUUAUCCACCAUUACUGGGACAACCUGUAUAUAUAUAUAUGUAUGUAUGUGUGUGUGUGUGUGUGUGUGUGUGUGUGUGUGUGUGUCCCAUGGUCACUUGUAACCGACUUCAAACUAAGAAGGUUACACCUCUGA